AUUAAAAAGUGUUAUCAGGACUGAAAAGGUUGGUAAACCAGUAAGAAUGUUAACAUUUUAAGCAUUGUUUUUGAGACUCAUUUCAUUUAGUCCAAUUCUAUUCAUUUUUUUCUUUUAACAACAUAUAUAGCAGUGCAUUGAGGCUCAUUGAGGGCCGAUUUUUCUGGAGAUUCUCCUGCAAGACUCUCCACUCCAGCAGGAGUAGUACUGCUUUCCUCAGGACAGUCUAUGAGAGGGCUAUUUGCUGCUGCCCAUGAUUUCCUUGCCUGCUCAAUUCUUUGGAGUUUGCUCUUCUGCCUUCUGUUGAACACAUCCAGCUGCCUUCUCCUUCUUCUCUUCUCUUCUCUGGGGAUGGCACAUGUUUAAAGAUUGAUGGCACGUAGUCCGGUUGCAUAGGGUUAUCAUCCUUUUUUCCUAAACAAAAGCACAUUUAUUUAAGUUACAGGUUUAAUGAAUGCAUUAAAUCAGACUCCUAUCAACAAAAUCUUUAAUCGAUCACAUAAUAUUCCCUUUCUCCCUAUAAAUGCAGUAACUUACAGCAUUCUAGCAUGUGAGCAAUCAUUUUAUUUCCCUUAUGUUUUUUCUGUUUUCUCGUAGUUGAGUGAGCAACACGUAUUUAGCUUCCGUGUUUUAGCUUGUUAGCCCUGCAAAAUCAGUCAUAACACAUGGGAUCAACUCGCCUGUUACAACCAUAAAACUGCCAGAAACUAUAAUUACAGGCAGGGAAAUAUACGAUAUUAUAGCUUAAUAAUCGUUAUAUUCCGUACCUGAUAUGAAGUGUUCACUACACAGACAGAAUCCGUUGUUCGAGGGCUCCCAGCGCUCACUUUUCUUCUGCUCGCUUCUAGCCCGUUUUAUGGCUGUAAUCCACUUGUGUCGUCUAUCGGGAUCUUUGGGAAUGCGGUAAAAUGCUCUCCCCUUCCCUUCUCCUCGUUUCUUCUGACAUCCUGGCGCACAACAGCUCUCUACCAUAGUUUGCAGACACGGAGACACUAUCCCACUGCUGGCAUUUCUUCUACUCGCGCUUUUUCCUGCCAAUAUGGCAUUGUUUUGAUUUCGCGUGUUGAAUGUUGGGACAUGUGACGUCAUCUCCCUGCGCUCCUAGAUCCCCGACCAAUCAAAAUCAAGAAGGGGCGAGGUUCUGAUGACAGCUUUGUCAACAACAAUGGUGGACGGCGGUCAGAAGAGAAAAGUUUUAACACGUGUUUUGAAGGUACAAUUAACGAGUUUGGAGCUGCUGCUAAUGAUCUGGCAUGAAUUACAUCAAACGAUUUACAGUUUAUUGUUGAAAUACUGUUGAAUGAGAGCAAAUAUUAAGAACACAGAUAAUUUUAAAGCCUACAAUCACCACUUAGGAAAGCGUUAGUGCUGCCGGACGACCUAGCAACAGGAAACGCUGUUUCAGCAUCAGACGGUGAAAUGGCUGUUUCUAAUGCUCAGAAUAUUCUGAAACGUCUGAUCCUGGAGAGACUUUUGAACAAAUUUGAGCUUGCACUCUUGCAAACACCGCUCAACCUGGAUUUCUUGGAGUUUGUGUGCCGACAGGAGCUUUAUCUCUUACAAGCCCUGUCAAGACAUGUUGAUAUUCUCACAGAAAUCGUUGAAGCACUUAAGGAGGUCUUCAGACUCAUCAGAAUAACUUAUUCAGACGCUCCUGAGACAGCUGUGGUAUUAAUUACGGGUUUGCCAGGACGUCCGAGGCUUGAUAUUGAAAGACAGCAUUUGGUUGAAAUGCUACAGACCAACCUUUCUGUGCCCUGCAUCGCCAAACUUCUUGGUGUCUCAGCCCGCACCGUAUUUCGAAGGACAAGAGACUUUGGCUUAUCGGUUUCUGAACUCUACACUACCAUUAAUGAUGAGGAGCUGGAUAACCUGGUGUUAUCCAUCAAGAAUGAAAUGCCCACUGCUGGUUACAGGAUGGUGAUGGGAAGGAUGCUGUCCUUGGGUUUCCGCGUGCAGUGGAAAAGAAUGGCUGCCUCAAUGCAUCGAGUGGAUGCAAUCGGCAUCCUCUCCAGACUGGCCAAUGUAGGCUGUGUUGUGAGGCGAACAUAUUCUGUUCGAGGGCCUCUCUCACUAGUGCAUGUGGACACAAACCACAAACUGAUAAGAUACAACAUUGUCAUCUUUGGGGGAAUAGAUGGUUAUUCAAGGAAGGUGAUGUAUUUGAAUGCUGCAACCAACAACCGUUCAUCAACUGCAUUUCACUUCUUUUUGGAGGCAACCCAAAAUCAUGGCAUUCCUUCAAGGGUCAGAGCAGACCAGGGAGUCGAGAAUGUCCAGAUUGCCAGAUUUAUGUUUUCUGUCCGUGGCACCGACCGGGGAAGCUUCAUCUCUGGGAAAAGUGUAAAUAACCAGAGGAUCGAGCCUCUCUGGCGUGAUGUUCGCGUCUUGGUCACUAGCAAGUACUACUCAUUACUGCAUUCCUUGGAGGACAAUGGACUGCUGGACAUCUCAUCAACUGAGGACCUGUUCUGUGUACACUACACAGUUCUUCCGAGACUUCAGACAGACAUGGGGACAUUUGUGGUCGGCUGGAACCAUCAUCCACUCAGCACUGAAGGAAACCGCAGUCCAGAACAGAUGUGGCAAAUUGGACUGAUGCACACCAACGUUGACCAGCCUGAGAGUCCUGAGGUAUUAAUCAAAAGUUUCAACUGCACAUUAAGCACCUUCUUUGAUUCACAAAAUGAUCAGAACUAUUCAUAGUUAAGACUUUUUGACUGCAAAUCUCAAUGUUAAAGAAUGUACGCUCUAUUCUGUAAAUACUGCUGUUGUGGAGGCUCAAUAAUUACAAGCUGGCUGCUCUUAGGUAUAAUCGCGAAAUGUGCAUCGGUCAGGAUGCAACACUAAUUCCCCCAAGACUUAUACUGAAUAAGGACGCUGGAGACUCUUGACCAGUCCACCGCACUUUAUUUUGGUUGUUUGUGUGUGUGUGUGUGUGUGGUUAUCUCUCUGGAUGCACACACUGGAAACGAAUGGCGAGUCAACCGCGAAGCGGCAACGGUGAAGCCAGCUCGCACGCCAAAACCUCUGCAGACUUAGAACACGGCUUUAUGCUGCAGCUUCUUCACUCCCGUUAACUGGUAGACUACUCAGCAAUGUCUGCAACAGCGCUCCUAGUGGCUGGACCCCAACCUGUCCUGCUGAAUAAUCUUCAGAACGACUGCAAUUAGGCACAUAUUUGAGGUAAUUGUACAAACUUAAAUAUUUCCAUCUGAUAGAAACAAGAAAAAGCAGGCAAAAAGCGGCAGCACGUGAGUCAGGGUCGCCAGCAGAGCAGAGCCACCUUUGUGCACUGGGCCAUCCCAUGCAACUUAAUCACUUUCCUUCACUUCAUCUCAGAAUGUUGUACAUUGUACUGCACAUAAUAUAUCUUGUUUUAUGUCGACUUUUUACUUUUCAUGUUAUAAUGUGCAUGUCCAUUUUUAGAAUACUAUAGAUCAGUGUUUUCACACUGAGUUGCAUUGACUUAUACUUAACUGAAGAAUCUGCUUAGGUCUUCCAUCAGUGCUUGUAAGAAUCAGAAAAAGAUACCUAAAUCUCUG